CAUUGUUUUUAGGAAUUGAAAUUUGUGCCUAAACAUUUGAUUAAUUCUAGUUGGGGAAAAACUUCAUGGAUUAAUUUGUUUGUCAAUAUAGUUUCCUUUUUCUUUUGUUUCUCUUUUUUUUAUGUUGUUGCUAAGAAUACAUGGUUUUGCAAAUUUGAUUGGGGUUUUUGUGGUUCAAGGAAGGGAAUGGGUGAUAAAAAGAAGAAUUUCAUAAAGCUUGUCUCUGCUGCUGGAACUGGAUACUUCUAUUUGCAGAGGAAGAAUCCGGCUAGGAUCCCGACAAAACUCGAGUUCCGGAAAUAUGAUCCUUGGGGGAAUCACCACGUAUUGUUUACUGAGGCGAAGAUGAAGUGA